CCUUCUCAAGAAAACAAGAUAUGGGUCUUUCAAGAUUCUGUUCGGCCCUAAUCCCUGCCGUUGCCUUCUUCCUCGUCGUCCUUCACUCGCCGUUGAUGUCCCUCGGAAUCCGUUCCUUCCCCAACACUGGUGGGUUAACGGUAACGGACUCUCACUUCAGGGAUCACUUUGGGUUCGCCGAGGCGCCGGACUAUCGCAACGGCGUCGACUGUCCUUUGACAUUGACGUCGUCGUCGUCGUCCGGCGACUCAGUGACUUCAUGUGACCCGUUGCUGGUUCACGUGGCGAUGACCCUCGACUCCGAGUACCUCAGGGGAUCAAUGGCGGCGGUGCACUCAGUCCUCCGUCACGCCUCAUGCCCGGAACACAUUUUCUUCCAUUUUAUCGCUGCAGAGUUCGACCCGGAAAGCCCCCGGGUCCUGACCCGACUUGUGCGCUCAAUAUUCCCUUCUCUCAACUUCAAAGUCUACAUUUUUCGGGAAGACACAGUCAUCAAUCUCAUCUCUUCAUCCAUUCGGUCAGCACUGGAGAACCCGCUGAACUAUGCCCGGAAUUAUCUGGGCGAUAUCAUCGACCCGUGUGUGAGCCGGGUCAUUUAUCUGGACUCCGACAUUGUAUUUGUAGACGAUAUACUGAAGCUGUGGGGAGUGAAAAUGGGAGAGGGGAGGAUAAUCGGGGCCCCGGAAUAUUGCCACGCGAAUUUCACCAAGUACUUCACGGACAGCUUCUGGUCCGACCCGGUUCUGACCCGGGUAUUCAAGUCCAGGAACCCGUGUUACUUCAACACGGGGGUUAUGGUGAUGGAUUUGGAGAAAUGGAGGGAGGGGCAUUUCCGGAAGAAAAUAGAGAACUGGAUGGAACUGCAGAGAAAGAACCGGAUAUAUGAGUUGGGUUCAUUGCCCCCAUUCUUGCUGGUUUUCGGUGGGAAUGUGGAGCCCAUUGAUCAUAGGUGGAAUCAGCACGGGUUGGGUGGGGACAACGUCGCGGGAUCAUGUAGGGCGUUGCAUCCUGGUCCAGUGAGCCUGCUUCACUGGAGUGGAAAGGGUAAGCCAUGGGUGAGGCUCGAUGAGAAGAGGCCUUGUCCGUUGGAUUACCUCUGGGAGCCUUAUGAUUUGUUCAAGGGUUUGAAAGGGAAGGUACAACAUCAUCAGCAUCAGGAACAAUACUUGCAAUUUGCCUAGUCAUCUGGUUCAAUUCUUUGAUUUGCUGUGUACAGAUUGAGGGUGGGUCAUAACAUUUUGUUAAUUCUUUUUCUUUUAUUUCUCCCCCAUAAAAAAAUAUUACCACUCAUCAUUUGAUUGAUCCACAUUAAAUUUUUAGAGUCAGAGGAACCAAUUUUGGAUUUUACAUUCAUUCAUAUUGUACCAAAGAUGACUACGAAUAACAUUUAGUUGUUCGAUAUUUACUUUUGCACCCGAUGGUAACAUUGUGUACAA